CGGUCAAAAAUCAGAAAGAGAUUCAAAGAACGAAUAUGUUGAAUUCUCGUGUAGUUAUUUGUUGACAUGUUGAAUGUUUUUGGAAAUUUUUCGCACAUAGCAUCCCCCAUCAGAAGAAUAACUGUCAUCAAAAAUCACUUUUGUUCUGGAGCAAAGACAGUUCUCAAAAUGUCAGAGAGUGAGCAAGCAAAAGAUUACACAGCUGGGAUCAUUGUGAUUGGAGAUGAAAUCUUAAAAGGUCAAGUUGCAGACACUAACACACAUUUCAUGACCAGACAUUUGUUCUCAUGGGGUGUUAAAGUGAAAAAGAUAUCUGUUGUCCCAGAUGACAUAGACACAAUUGCCAAGGAAAUUGUAGAGUUUUCAUCCAAGUAUACAUAUGUGAUAACGUCCGGGGGCAUUGGACCAACCCACGAUGAUCUCACUUUUGAAAGUGUUGGAAAGGCUUUUGAUGAACCAAUAGAACCCAAUCCACAUCUUGUUGAACUGUGUAAGAAAUAUUUUGGAACUGAUGACCUCAACUCUCCUAAGCUCAAAAUGGCAAAAGUUCCAAAGUCAGCCAAGUUACUGUAUGGGGAGGACAAGUCAACAGGAAAGAGGACCAGAUACCCACUUGUCAAUGUGAGAAAUACAUACCUGUUUCCAGGGGUGCCUUCAAUACUAGAACAUGCCUUUCCUUUGCUCAAAGAUCAUUUUAGGAAUCCAGAUGUUCAGAUACAUACAAAGGAGUUAUAUAUCCAGUUGGAUGAGAUUUCUAUAACCCCUGUGUUAAAUGAAGCCGACACUUUGUUUAAGAGACAAGUUACUUUAGGAUCAUACCCAGACUUCAUCAACAGUUACUACAAAGUAAAGUUGACUUUAGAAUCAGAGGACAGAGAGCACCUAGAGACUGCAGUAAGAUACCUGCAGGAACACCUACCUGAAGAUUCGAUAGUGCAGUAUGAGAAGAACCCAGUGUUCAAUGCUGUGGAUCAAGUGUAUGGUGUAGUGAACAGUGAGGAGUCCACACCAUAUAUAAAUAAAGUGAAAAAUGCUGUUAGUAUCAUUGAGGAAGGAUUACAGAAAUAUAAGUUAGAGGAGAUAUGUGUUGGUUUCAAUGGAGGGAAGGACUGUACUGUAUUGUUACAUCUUGUCCAUGCUGUGGUGAAAAAACAAUUUCCAGAAUAUGAAGGGAAGAUGAAGGCGUUGUAUAUUAGAAGUAAAUUACCAUUCCCUGAAGUAGAAAAGUUUAUACAGAUUUCUCGAGAUAGGUAUAAACUAGAGAUGUUACAUUUCAAUGGUCGUAUCAAAGACAGCCUUAGGGAUCUGCAGGUCCAGCAUCCAGAGAUAAAGGCUGUAAUAAUGGGAACAAGGGAAACUGAUCCAUAUUCUAGUCAUUUGAAAUCAUUUGCAAUGACUGAUACUGACUGGCCACAGUUUAUGCGGGUAAAUCCACUACUAGACUGGACGUAUAGUGAUAUAUGGAAGUUUUUGCGUUCCUUAUGUUUGCCUUACUGUAGUCUGUAUGAUAGAGGGUAUACUUCACUGGGUAGUAUGAACAACACACAUCCAAAUCCUUCCUUACAGUAUGUUGAUGAAAAUGGAAUAGUGAAAUAUAAACCUGCCUACAAACUCGAGGCAGAUUCACAAGAAAGAGAUGGAAGAAAUACUUGAUGACUGUAUUGUUUUAGAAAAGGAUAUUAUAAAAAUGUUUUCAGCUCACCCGAGCACAAAGUGCUCAGCAUGAGCUGUUGUGAUCAUCCUGUGUCUGCCGUCCAUUUUGAACAAUUUCACUGUUGGCUCAUAAUGAAACUUAGUCAGAAUGUGAACCAUAACAAAAUCUCAGACAAGUUUGAAACUGGGUUAUCUAGGGUUAAAGAAAUAUGUCACAAGGUCAGAUUGAUAGAAAAAGCUUGUUUACAUGCUGGAGGCAAUAUUUUCUUCUUGAUUUGUAUGUAACAUGAUCAUAAAGUUUGUUGUUAUAAUGUCUGUGUCUAGUUUGAAAGUUGGUUAACUGGAAUCAAAAAUUAGGUAACUAGGUCAAACCAUAAUACAACCUUGUUGAUACUCUAGAGGUCAUAUAUAUUUCUUCUUCUUCUUGUCGUUCGCGACUACACUGUCAGACCAAUCAUUAUUAUAUUAAAUCUAGGUUUAGUUGGAAACUGGGUCAAACACUAUGUCAUAUUAUGGGAACAACCUUGUAAACGCUCAGUUGAUCACAUUUUCUAUCUGGUAUUCAUUAAACUUUGUAAAAGAAAUAUUGUCUUUAUGAAAUCUAAACAUGUUUAAGCUUAAAUACCUUAGGUCAAUAACUAGGUCAUGAUAUCAAAUUAAAACACUUUGUUAAGUUAAUACUUUCUACUUCUGUCAGAAUGCUUGUCUGUUUAAAAAUCUAGAUGAAGCUCAAAAACAGUCAUUCAGGGUGUGAAGCUAGCUCACUAGGUCAAUUCAAAGAAACACUUGAUUAAAACUUUCUGUCUGAUAUACAUAAAGUAUGGUCAAAAUUUUGUUUUAAUGAAGUCCAGGUCAUGUGGGGUAAAAACAAGCUCAGGUGAGCAAUACAGGGCCUUUCAUGUUCCUGUUCUUAUUUAUUCAAACAGAUGACAAAUCAAAUACAUGUAUUCAGAACAAACAAACAGGCGGGUAUCUUUUUGUGAAAGUUAAAAGUCCUGUUAUAUACUAUUAUUUAUCCCCCCCCGCCAAAGGCGAAGGGGAUAUUAGAAAUGCUCUCCGUCCGUCCGCAACGAUCUUUGUCCGGAGCAUAACUCCAAAAGUACUGGAGGGAUUUCCUUCAAACUUCAUACACUGAUAGAACACAUUGGGAGGAAGUGCAGAGUGCAAGAACAAUAACUCUACCUUGCCUAUUUUUUGAGUUAUUCCCCUUUAUCAUAUUUUCUUAAAAAAUUUUGUCCGGAGCAUAUCUUCUUCAUGCAUGGAGGGAUUUUGAUAUAUCUUGGCAUAAAUGUUCACCACCACGAGGCGGAGUGUCAUGCGCAAGAACUAGGUCCCUAGGUCUAAGGUCAAGGUCACACUUAGAGGUCAAAGGAUACAAGAAUGAAAACCUUGUCCGGAGCAUUUCUUCAUCAUGCAUAGAGGGAUUUUGAUAUAACUUGGCACAAAUGUUCACCACCACGAGACGGAGUGUCAUGCGCAAGAUCCAGGUCCCUAGGUCUAAGGUCAAGGUCACACUUAGAGGCCAAAGGUCAGAUACAAGAAUGACUUUGUCCAAAGCAUUUCUUUUUCAUGCAUGGAGGGAUUUUGAUGUAACUUGGCACAAUUAUACACCAUCAUGAGACGAAGUGUCAUGCGCAGUUCCCUUCUUUAGAAUUACUUCCCUUUGUUGUUACUUUAAAUAGCUUUUAUUGUAACUUUUUCAUUACCAGUCGUAGGGAAAAAUCGAGACCACUUUUCUGUAGUACAACAUGCAUGCUACAUCCAAUUUUGAGGUGUAUUUUGACCAAUCUCUACCUGGUCUGGUAAAGAUUUUGUGGACUUAGAAAAACAAAAGACUUACAAUGAUUUCUAAACAACCACAAAAUUAAAAUUCCAUUUGCAAAUACAGCUGCUAGAGUAAAGAAAUUUGCUGUGACGGACGUAUAUUGUGACAUUCUGGCACUCUUGUUCCCUGUAAGCUUUCCAUUCCUUCUUUUUACAGUAGCCAUAUAGAAAAACAUCAUAGCUAUACUGUUCAUGAAAAUUAAUAAAAUUUAGCCGUAAACCACCUCACCACUGACUUAUUCUUUCUUCCACAUCUUUAAAACUCCUGAUGCGGACCACAACUAAACGGUUCUUCAAAGCUUUCCCCAAAUUUAAUACUUUCAGACACUAACUUGCCAGGAACUUUAGCCUUCAAUUAUAAUAUGCCUGGCGGGGGGGAUUAGCCAUGUCUAACAUGGCUCUUGUUAAGUACAUGGUUGUUGACCAAGGGCAAAGGUCGAGCCUGAUGCGGAUUUUAAAGUUUGCAUAUAUCCAGUGUCUGGCCACAAAACCAUGAAACAAUAUCAUUUUACCAACAACACUUUCUUCUGUUCUUCAGUAAUUAUGCAACUACACCAGUGAUGUGGCAGCCAUUUUGUUUAGAUCAAAACUUAUAUCGGACAUUCCCUUACCUGAUACAGAAUAUAUCCUGUCAACAUUUGAUAUCUCUUCAAUAAUGGAAAUGCAGGAAACCUGUAGGCAAAAUAAUAGAGUAUUCUUAUACACUGUAUUUUAUAUCAGAAGAACAAAUGAAUUUGUUGUUAAAAAUUACAUUCUUAAUUAUUUUAUAAACAGAGUAUAUACGUAGUUUUUACCUUAUUCAGUUGCAGCUCGCAUAAGUCAAAGGAUCUAAGUAUAUUGUAUUAGCUCACACAUGUACAAUAUGAAGAAUGUAAAGAAAUUAUUUUCCCAGAAAGGUUCAUAUUAUUCACUGAAGAACUGUCUGUGAUCAAUACUGUCCGAGAUUAGAUGAAUGUAUGACACAUAGUUAAUGUUUGCCUUUUUUGUACAUGCAAAGUUUAAUAAAAUGGCAGUUUUCACCACCUUUGAUAGGGGAGGCUACUUGCAAACUUUACAACACAAUUGUGUUUCAAUAAAUUCUUUCAAUGUUGUUGAUAUAUUUUACAAAACACUACCGGUAGUUGAGUAUAGAAUUAACAUAAAAUGAAGUUAAUGAAGUGGUUUCUUUAUUUUCAAAAGUUGACCUAAUCUGAAUUAAGAACAAAUUGUAUAUUUUCUAUUCUUACAUGACUCUGUUUGAUUUCCAGUUAAACAAAGAAGGAAAUUAAGCUCUUGUGUAUUCUGUGAUAAACAACAGUUGACACGCAGACCGGUAAGAGAGCAUUAUGACGUCAAAUUGCCGUAUGACGUCCGAUACAUUACUCCUCUGGUAAAUGAAGUCCAGCAUAAUAUUUAUUAAAAUAUGUCAAUGAACAUGUCAGAAUGAAAACAAUCAAGACUUUCUUGUGAAUUAUCGUCUAAUUUACCAUGGUUCAUCAUUCAUCGUGGUUCAAUUCCUCCGCAUCUAAACUCUGAACCUUGGUAAAUUAGACGAUAAACCACUCGAAGGCCUUGAUUAUUUGUUAAAGGUCCAUUACUAAGGGAAAGUGAGUUGGCAAUUUUUUUCAUAGCCAGUGCAUAGACUUCUGCAAGACACUAAAUAAUGAAGAUUGGCAGGUCAAAAUUUACAGAAGGUCUUUGGAACUCAAAGAAAUGUAUGUGUAUUAUGUUGAAAUUUCAAUGAAUCGACAGAAUGACCCCCCAGGUCUUUUUAACUUUCUUCAUACUUCAUAGAAAAAUAAUUGUACAUAUACUGCGAUUUAUUUUGAAUUUCUACAUACCAACUUUCAUUUUCCAAUAAAAUGAAAUAGUUUCUGUGCUUUUUAAAAGAAAUUAAAAUGUUCACUUUCCUUAGUAUUGGACCUUUAAGUAACACAGGGGUUUAAUUCAGUAUUUACAUAAGGUGAGCCUAGCUGAUACUUGGUCAAUAUGAUUCACCAGUUAUUGUUAUAAUGUAUGUGUGCUUUGGCAAAAUGUAUGCACAUUCACAGUUUAAAAUUGGUGCCAAAUAGUGUACAGAUGCAUCAAAGAAGUUGAUAAUGCUGGUACGAGUUCCUAACAUGGUGUAUAUGUUUUGUAAUGAUAGUCCUAAAAAGUUAAGUCAUUGUUAUCAUUUAAAAUUGUACUUGUUGUAUGAAAUGAGUGUUGUUUCUUGUAAAAUUCUACGGCACUUUGAAACCUGCAGAAACAGCACUGCAGAAAAACUAAAAUAUACAUAAAUAAAGAAAUACCUAUACUGUA